AUGUCGACACAAUCCCCCCAACCUCUUACUCCUCGGGGUCCACGCAACAAUCGUCGUUCUCAGAAAAAGAAUACAACCCCGCAAGUACCCAAGACCGCCAUGCUCAGUACACCACCUUCCUCUCCACCCAGACAUAUGAGUCCUGCUGGUGUUGCGACAGAUUCGUCGAAUAAUGUGCACUCAAAGAAGAAGCCUCAGCGCUCAGGCAAGAAACCGAACCAGGGUGCGGGCAAUCGCGCAUCGCCAGCGCCGAACGGACAUCGCCACACCUCUUCCCAGCCUAGCAACGGCACUCCUAUGAAGGACAACGCGGCAUAUGCAGGUCCAACCUUCCACGCAUCGCCUGCCCCCUCGGCUCUGCCGAUCCCUAGUUUUUUCUCAAAGUCCUUCCCUGAGUCAGACCUUGCGCCCACUCUCGAAACGGAUAGCGAAGAUGCGGAAACCGAACAGGAUCUGGAUGUCACACCCUCCAAACCACGAGCACGACCUCCGCCUACUCAGCCUCCUCGAGCUACCGCCAAUGGAACCGAGCCAAGCCCUCUCGACUUCCUUUUCAAGGCAGCGGUGCAGGCGCGAAACUCGAACGCCAUGCAUAGCCCGGAGCCUGCCGCCCGGAUGCGCUCUCCGCAGACCGAUUCGAAAGUGCUCUGUCCCAAGCCUCACACGGCUCCCGGUGACGUCUUCGCAUUCGAGAUGGGAUCUCCCCACCAGGCGCGUCCGCCGAUUGACCCUGGAUUCGCUCCUUCCUACCAGGAUCGCAUGGAUGCUCUCCGAUCGUCUAGUUCACCCGCUCAACCUUUCAAUGCGAUGGACGCCGAGCGCCGAGCUAAGAACGAAGAGCUGAAACACAUGCUGCUCAACCCGCGUCCCCAGAAGCCUCCUGGCUCGAUAUCUCCUCCGGUCCCUAAUCAGAACGGGCCCUAUGCGCCCCGCCCGAAUAUCAAUUCUCACGUCCCUCAUUAUGCGACUCCCACGCGCACCCACUCGGGUCCGUCAGUUCCUCUAUCCCACGGCUUCCAGGGCCGGCAACAGCCGGUACUCAACGGCGCUGGCCGCCCUCCAGUCUCAUACUCAUACGCCAACUUCGAGCAAUAUCGCAACUCCGGCUCACCCCUGAGUCGCGAGGUCCCUCCCAAUGCGAACCCUUCUACUCAAUCGUCGCCAUCUCCCUACGGAUAUCAUAUGCCUAAUGGACAUGUACCCAUGCAGCAGCCAAACUUUGCGUCUCCCCAGCCUCAAUAUGGAACCGCCUCGUUUGAUAUGCCCACGAAAUCUCCGUCGCCUUGCAGAACCAUGGAUGCCAAUACCAAUCAGAUGGCAGAUACCCUUAAGCGCAUGUUGAAGAUCAGUGCGGCCCCGUCCCCAAGUUCGGCCUCAGGUAUCCCGCAGGCCGGAUAUCACCGUUCCUUUGCUGCUUAG